GUUGCAUUGUCACGAUUGUCACGAAACGUUUUAAUAGGAAAAAAUGUUAAUUUGAUGUUAGUUAUGCUACAUUUGUUGUACUUGUAUUCACAUAUCAAAUUUAAUUGUAGAGUAAUAAUUCUCAUAAUAAAACGCUCUCUAGUCUCAACAACACCAUGAGCAAUUUAGAAAUUUAGGUUUACAUCGUAUGUUUGGUAAGAGUGAUUUUGAUGAUCAAAUUACAAGGGUGCUGGCGUACAGAAACCGGUCACUCGUACAAGCAUUCCGCGUUCGUUUUAUGCUUUCGUUGAGAUAGAUCUCCGAAAAAUGUUCAUAUAGGCAUACCAACAAGGCACUUUACGGUGCGAAGGCAUUCAGAUAUCGGUUCACAGAAGUGUUCGGAAGCAACAUAUUAAACUUUUCUAAAAUUAUGUAAAGUUCUAAUUUUGAAAAAUAAAAACUAGACACAUUAUUUUUGUGAAUCUGACACAAGUGGCUGACAAAAUAUUUGUACAAUAGCCAAUAUAUAAUUAUUUAUCAGUAUUAUCGUUUUCAUUUAAAAUAAAAAUCUUAGUUAUCUGCGUUAUGUAAAUCAUUGUUUUAUUAUGACGAUAUUUAGAUGCUUCCAGAUUUACGUUUCGUGCUCACAAUAAGACAGAACACGUUAUUUGCAAGAAAAAAUGUCAAAAGAUGAGAAAAAGAAAGAGGGGGGGAAAGAUGCCACGAGUUUUAUGAAGGAUUUCCUGGCGGGCGGAAUUUCCGCUGCGGUUUCAAAAACUGCUAUGGCCCCGAUGGAACGCGUUAAACUUAUUUUACAAGUCCAGCACGUUUCUAAGCAAAUAAAAGCAGACCAGCGGUAUAAAGGUAUUGUUGAUGCAUUUAUUCGUAUACCCAAGGAACAGGGUAUUGGAUCCUUAUGGAGGGGGAAUUUAGCAAAUGUUAUAAGAUAUUUUCCGACGCAGGCACUAAACUUUGCAUUCAAAGAUGUGUACAAGGGUUUAUUCUUAGAGGGCGUGGAUAAAAAUACACAGUUUUGGAAGUUUUUCAUUGGAAACUUAGCGUCUGGUGGCGCGGCCGGUGCGACUUCAUUAUGUUUCGUCUACCCAUUGGAUUUCGCACGAACAAGAUUAGCCGCAGACGUUGGAAAAGGCGCAGGGCAAAGAGAAUUUAACGGAUUGAUUGAUUGUUUGAUGAAAACUCUUAAGAGUGAUGGUCCUAUAGGCUGGUAUAGAGGAUUCGUAGUUUCUGUGCAGGGUAUUAUCAUUUAUCGCGCGACUUAUUUCGGAUUUUACGAUACUGCAAGAGGAAUGCUUCCGGAUCCAAAGAACACGUCAAUAUUCGUAUCAUGGCUUAUUGCUCAGUCUGUUACAACCGUGGCGGGAAUAGCGUCUUAUCCACUAGACACAGUCCGGCGACGAAUGAUGAUGCAGUCAGGUCGCCCUGCCAAUGAGCGUCUCUAUAAAAACACAUUGCACUGUUGGGCUGUUAUACUUAAGACAGAGGGUCCAGGUGCUUUCUUCAAAGGAGCCUUCUCGAAUGUCCUCCGAGGUACUGGCGGUGCAUUCGUAUUAGUACUUUAUGAUGUUAUCAAGAAGAUGCUCUAAAUAUGUUUAACACGUGAAAGAAAUCUGCGACGUCACAUUGUCGUUUAAAAUAGUAAUUUAUAUAUUGUAACGUCUUGUAUUUGUCGUAUAUGGUAUUUAUAUAUUAUUAUUUAUGUUUGUCUCUUGAAAAUGUUAAUAGUCGAAAUUGUGUUGUCUGUCUUAUGCUAUGUGACGACAAAAAGUUGAUUUAAUAAAAUAUGGAAAAACAUGUAAGUAUUUAUUUCAAAUGAUAAAAAUAUUUUUUACUGUAUUAUUAUUUAUAAGAUGUCUAGGAACACAAUUGUUAAUUCUAUAUUUAUUUCUGCUGCAAUAUUAGUGCUCUUAACAGUAUGAUGCACGCCAAGAGCGCGGCAAAGAUAAGGCGAACGCAAGUUAUUUUACAUAAUCAUCUUUAUUAAAAAUAAAUACUUAAUACUUUUUU